AUGGCUACCUCAUGCCUUUCACGUCUCCUCCUCAUCUUCCUAUUGGGAGCCAUCAACGUCGUAGCUCAUCCUAUGAGCAAGGACAAGCCAACAGGGUCAGGCAAUACCGUCGUCCAGAGAACACCAUGCCUUAAGUGGAAGCCCAAAGAGGAACACCAGCACAAUCACAUGCAUCACGGCAAUAACACAUACACCUACCAGAAGAUCACGGUGAAGCUCGAUGACAAGGACGGAGCAAAGCAUAAGUUUGAUGCGGAUGAGGAUGAAGAAUCGACCAAGACUGAAUAUCCGAGCAAAGCUUCUGCAAAGCACGGCGAGACCAAGGGCACAGCCCACAACCACAAGAAUCUGAAAAGAAGCGACAGGGCCGUUAAUCUUAAACUCACCGACGAAGAAGUGGACGAGAUGGAAAGGCUUGCGCACAGCUAUACGCUAUUGACUCGGAAAGAAAAGAUCAAGUUGGAAAAGAUGUUCAAGGUAUAUCAGCAUAUGAAGGAGGAGGAGGAAAAGCUCGACAACUCCAAGCCGAGCACAGCCAAAGAGCCAAAGGAUGAUGUCUUUGACGAGGCCAGCAAGCAGAAGGACUACAAAGCUCAACUCGACAAACUUAAGAAGGACGAGGGCUACAAACCCAAAGAGCCAAAGUAUGGUGUCUUUGUUAAGGCCCCGAAUGAGAAGGACUACAAAGCUCAACUCGACAACAUCGAGAAGAACGAGGACGACAAACCCAAGGACGCAAAACCCUGGUGGGCACUCCCGACCGGCAAACACGACCAAGCCAAACAUCAUAGGAACGAACUUGCUUCAACCGGAAAGAAAGGAGUUGAGGCAAAGUGGAAGAUUACGAAAAGAUGCGAGGAGAUGUUACCAUGGUGGGUUCAGCUAAUAAUCAAGAAGGUUAGGAAGGAUAAGGCGAAAAAGAAGGCGAAAAAGGAGGAGGAGGAAAGGAAGAAACUGGAGGAGGAGGGAAGGCUGGGUGGUCGAAACAGAAAGUUGUCUGGCUCCCCGCCCUCGUUUGGGCCAGGAGUGGGAUUACAAAAGGACUCGGCAUAUUCUAAGCUGAAAAAGAUUAAGGAGAUGGAGGAGAAGUUGGCCAACGCACCACACAGAGACAAGCCUAAAGACUGGUUUGAGGAUAAAACGAACAAGGCUUUUGAUACAAAGCCCAGUGAAGAGAACGAACCUCUGAACGUGGGUGCUAAAUUCAACGACGACAAGCCAAGUUCUUCCGCAUUGCAGCAAAAACAGGACAAGGAGGAAAAACAGGAGCCAGAGGUGGAACCCAACAAGACCUCGGAAGAUUCCAAGGAUGGACAAUCUAAUCAGAGCAAGACCUCCCUUACACGGAGGUUUCUACAUGUACACGUACCUUAUCCAGGCAUUAAGAGACGGCCUGAGUCGAAAGAGACCGUAAUCGAAUUUAGAAAACGUGGGCAACCAAGCAACGUCAAAUUUAAACAGGAGUCAGAGGAGCAACCGAACACAGCCUCGGAAGAUUCCAAGGAUGAAGACUCUAAUCAGAGGAACUCCCUUACAGCCCGGUUUUUUCCACCACGCCCACGACCUCCGUCUAGUGUAGAGCGCAAGAGACGGAGGCGACUCGAAAGGGAACGUAGGAUUCAGAAGGCCUAUGAGAAUUACAUUAGAGUACUACGCUCAGGGAGUUUACGGGGCCUUGGGAAGGCUGAAGAUGAGUUACUGAGGGCAAUAUGGACGAAAGUAUAA